AUGCUUGGGUCCUGUUCCCUCUUGCAGAGAGAUUUUGGCAGGGCUCAGCACCUCUACAGGCAGCAGCACCGGGCAGGACAGCAAUGUCAUUACCCAAAGGAAAAGGGAUUUGGUUGUGUUUUUUUUCCUUUCGGCUGCCUUCAAGUCAUCCGAAGGGCACUGGGAUAUAUAUAUUUUAUUUUUUAUUUUUCUUUGCCGGGCUUGUUUGGCGGGUUCCAAGCUGGAAUAAACCUGGCAGCUGUUGAGUUUGUUUGCAAGGAAUGUUUUCCAGCAGGGCUGGGCGGCAGCAGCUGGGGUGUGCUGGCAGGUAACGCUGUGACAGUGGCAGAAAACUCCUUCCCAGCAAGAAAAACAGCCCCAAACUCCGAUGAAAUAGGAAAGCCUCGGGGAAGGGCCCAGGUGGAGUGUCCGGACCCCCUGUGCCAUGGCUUCGUCUGAGCUGCCCCCCCAUCCUGCAGUAGGUGACCAUCUUGCCCUGGAGACCCCCAGCCCCCUGCCCCACGGGGAGGAAGACCUCGGUGAAGCCUUUGACUUUGAGGACAGCGAGGAAGAGGAGGAGGAGGAAGAGGACUCAGCGGCUGAGCCGAGCGGCGAAGCUGUCCUCCGGGCACCUCCUCGUAGGCGGCGUGCUGCCAGCUCCGGCGUUGAUGGGCUGGUGCCAGAGACCCAGGAAGGGCUGCCGGUGGGGGUGAGCAAUGGGGAGGCUGGUGGAGACCCCCACAUCGAUGCCCAGACCUGGAAGAGGAAAAGCAUCUGCCAAGGUGAGCGCUUCAAGUUCCCAGAGGUGGAGGAUGAUGUGAUUUACGACGAUGUCCCCUGUGAAACUCUCGAUGCCGAGCAGGACGGUGCCGGCACGGAGCGCAGCCUGAUCUACGAGGAGGUGCAGCGGGGCGAGGGGCCGCGGGCGGGCGAGGAGCUGGGCUGGAGCUCCAGCGAAUUCGAGAGCUACAGCGAGGACUCGGGCGAGGACACCAAGCCGGAGGCCGAGCCGGCCAAGCAGCGGGCAUCCUUCCAGCCCAAGCUUUCUCCAGACCUGAAUAGACUAAAGGAGAGAUACGCCAGGACUAAGAGGGACAUCCUGGCUUUAAGAGUUGGGGGGAGAGACAUGCAGGAGCUGAAGCAGAAGUACGAUUGGAAGAUGACACAGCUGAUGAAAGCGGCUAAAAGCGGCACCAAGGAUGGUUUGGAGAAGACCAAGAUCGCGGUGAUGAGGAAGGUGACGUUCCUGCACCGGAAAGAAGCACCGGGGGACUCGGAGGAGGAGGACACGGGUUUCCUGGAGGUCACAGUCUCUGACAUGAAGCACCCGCCGCCAGAGCUGGGGCCCAUGCCCGAGGGGCUGAGCCCACAGCAGGUGGUACGGCGGCACAUCCUGGGCUCCAUCGUGCAGAGUGAGCGGAGCUACGUGGACUCCCUGAAACGCAUCCUGCAGGAUUACAGGAACCCGCUGAUGGAGAUGGAGCCGAAGGUGCUGAGCGCUAGGAAGUGCCAGGUGGUGUUUUUUCGCCUGAAGGAGAUCCUGCAGUGCCACUCCAUGUUCCAGAUCGCCCUUGCCUCCCGCGUGGCUGAGUGGGACUCGGCAGAGAAGAUCGGGGACCUCUUCGUGGCCUCGUUCUCCAAGUCAAUGGUGCUGGACGUCUACAGCGACUAUGUCAACAACUUCACCACUGCCAUGUCCCUCAUCAAGAAGGCUUGUCUCACCAAACCUGCCUUCCUCGACUUCCUCAAGAAGAGGCAGAUGGCCAGCGCCGACCGGGUCACGCUCUAUGGGCUGAUGGUGAAGCCCAUCCAGAGGUUCCCUCAGUUCAUCCUACUCCUGCAGGACAUGCUGAAAAACACUCCCAAGGGCCAUGCGGACCGCCUGUCCCUCCAGCUGGCCCUCACCGAGCUGGAGACCUUGGCAGAGAAGCUCAACGAGCAGAAGCGCUUGGCCGACCAAGUCGCCGAAAUCCAGCAGCUCAGCAAAAGCAUCAGCGACCGCAGCAGCCUCAACAAGCUGCUGAGCUCGGGGCAGCGGCAGCUCCUGCUCUGCGAGACACUGACGGAGACGGUGUACGGUGACCGGGGGCAGCUCAUCAAGUCAAAGGAGAGGAAGGUUUUCCUGCUCAAUGACAUGCUGGUCUGCGCCAACAUCAACUUCAAAGGCCAGCUGGAAAUUAGCAGCCUGGUGCCCCUGGGUCCCAAAUACGUGGUGAAGUGGAGCACGGCCCUCCCGCAGGUGCAGGUGGUGGAGGUGGGGCAGGAGAGCGGUGCCUACGACAAGGACAACGUCGUCAUCCACAAUGCCGGUGCCAAGAAGCACGCGCCAGCCGGGCAGGCUUCGCACAAUAAAGUCUACCUGGGGCCACCACGACUCUUCCAGGAGCUGCAGGACCUGCAGAAGGACCUGGCGGUGGUGGAGCAGAUCACCCUGCUCAUCAGCACCUUGCAUGGCACCUACCAGAACCUGAACAUGACGGUGGCCCAGGACUGGUGCUUGGCCUUGCAGAGGAUGAUGAAGGUGAAGGAAGAGGAGAUCCACUCUGCCAACAAGUGCCGCCUCCGCCUUCUGCUGCCUGGGAAGCCGGACAAGUCUGGCCGCCCCAUCAGCGUCAUGGUGGUCUUCAUCACCCCAAACCCCCUGAGCAAGAUCUCCUGGGUGAAUCGCCUGCACUUGGCCAAGAUAGGACUGCGGGAAGAGAACCAGCCGGGCUGGCUCUGUCCCGAUGAAGACAAGAAGAGCAAAGCUCCUUUCUGGUGCCCCAUCCUCUCCUGCCACAUGCCUGCCUUCUCCUCCAAGGCCCUCGAUCUGCAGCUUGGCACUGCCGUGCACAACCCUGUGCAGUCCUCCCUGCUGGGCUUCUCCGCCGUCAGCACCUCGCUGCCGCAGGGCUACCUCUGGGUUGGGGGGGGGCAGGAAGGUGCAGGGGGGCAGGUGGAGAUCUUCUCCCUCAACCGCGCCGUGCCGCGGACGGUGAAGUCCUUCCCGGUGGCCUCGCCGGUGCUGUGCAUGGAGUACAUCCCUGAGGGGGGCGAGGGGGGCCCGGCGGGCACCCAGGAGCCUCACCCCACCACCGAGCAGCCCCCCGCAUCCCCGCAUCCCACCGUGUGCUUGGGCUUACAGGAUGGCAGCAUCGCCGUCUACGGCAGCGUGGACACGGGGACGCAGUGCUUGUUGACCUGCAAAAGCCCGGGCAUGCAGCCCGUCCUCUGCCUGCGGCACAGCCCCCAGUACCUGUUUGCAGGGCUACAGGAUGGAACCGUGGCCGCCUACCCCCGCAGCAACGGGGGGCUGUGGGACCUGGCGGAGCAGCCCACCCGCCUGGCUGUGGGUACCGGCCCCGUGCGAGCUCUCCUGACGCUGGAUGAGACCCUUUGGGCCAGCUGUGCCAACCAGGUCACUGUCCUCGAUGCCACCAGCCUCCGCGCCCAGCAAACCUUCGAGGCCCACCCGGACACGGAGGCCAGCGUCACGCACAUGAUCAAGGCGGGCAGCGGGGUCUGGAUGGCCUUUUCCUCAGGCUCCUCCAUCCGCCUCUUCCACACCGAGACGCUGGAGCAUCUGCAGGAGAUCAAUAUUGCCACCAGGACCACCUUCGUCCUCCCGGGUCAAAAACAUGUCCGUGUCACCAGCCUGCUCAUCUGCCAGGGUUUGCUUUGGGUGGGCACUGACCAGGGCAUCAUCGUGCUGCUGCCCGUGCCCCGCUUGGAGGGCAUCCCCAAAAUCACUGGAAAAGGCAUGGUGUCCCUCAAUGGGCACGGUGGCCCCGUGGAGUUUUUGGCAGUGGCGCUGAGCACCCUGGCACCCGAUGUGCUGAAGGGUGAUCAGGAGGAGGAAGAGGAGGGUGAGGAAGAGAAACCCCCAGAACUGGAUGGUCCCCCGCCUCGGGAAAUGAGAAAAAAAGGGAUUUUAUUACAAUACCGCUUGCGAUCCACCUCCCACCUCCCCGGGCAGCUGCUGUCGGUGCGGGAAGCGCCCACGGGUGGCACGCCAGCGCACACGGAGGAGGACGGCUCCAUCUAUGAGAUGGCUGAUGACCCCGACGUCUGGGUGCGGAGCCGACCCUGUGCCCGUGACACCCCACGCAAGGAGAUCUCCUCGGUGGCCAUCGUUUCGGGGGGCCGGGGUUACCGUAACUUCAACGCUGAAUCGCCGCGCCGGGGAAGCGAUGCCGACAGCACCCUGCUCAUCUGGCAGGUGCCAUUGAUGCUAUAGCACCGCGGGACCCCCCCCCACCCAUCCACCCGGCACCUACCUCAAAAAGCCACCCAAAAGCUGCCGGGGGUGGUCCUGCCCUGGGUGCAUCACCCUUUAGUUUUUUUUAAGGAGGAAAAGACUGAAAAAUGGGCUUUUUUGCUUUUUUUCUUCCCCCCCCCCCAAGAAAACAGCUUUGUGCAUGGGGAGAGGGGAGUUUUUAAUGGCAGGAACGGCAACCUCCCUGCGGGCUUUGGAGGUGCCGGCUCUUUGGCCAAAGGUGUCUGUGUGUCUGCGUGUGAAUAUAUAUAUAUAUAUACAUAUAAAUAUAUAUAUAUAUAAAUAUGAUGUAUAUUGUUACCUGUAUAAAGAAGGAAUCUGUAUAUAUUGGGGCACUUGGAGCUGCAGAAAUAGUGAUGUGAGCAUUCAGCGAGUGCCGGCUGCGCCGAAACGGGGGGAUUUGGCUGAAAUAACCAUUUUUUUGACUGUGAAUUGAGGAUAUUUGGUACAAAAAUCCCCUGUUUUGGGGAGUUGAGUACUCGCGGUUUCCAGAGGAAAGGAAAUUUUGGGAGCGUGGAAAUAAAUCCUAUAGGAAUCGG